CAAAAAAAAAUUGUUCAAAAAUAUCACUUUAAUUUAAUAUCCAAGAAAGUACGACACUUUGAGCUGUCAAAACAAUACAGCAAAACAGUUAAACGUUUGUAAAAAUAAUGGGAAAAGAGAAGGAAAAAUCAACAAGAUCUGAUCUUAAAUUAUCUCGUGACAAUAGAGAUAAUCGUGACAAAGAUAGAAAGGAUAAGCGUAGAUCACGUUCCAGGUCUCGGGAUCGCGAAGAAAGACGUUUAGACAGAAGAAAUGACGAUGAUAGAAAGCAAAAGGAAUCAAAGGAUCAAAAACCAUUAAAAUCAGAGAUUAAAAACGAAGAUGAUGAGCUGCAAAUGCCAACAAGCAGAAAAAAGGAACCAUUGUCAUUAGAAGAGCUUCUUGCCAAAAAGAAAGCUGAAGAAGAGAAGAAAAGUAAGCCUGUAUUUAUAUCAAAGGAACAGCGAGCUCAAGAGGCUAUUAAAAGACGACAGGAACAAGUAGCUGCACUACGUGCUGCUGCAGCUAGUGUCCCAAAGUUUGGUGAUGUUCCUGUAACUGAUAUAUUGCGUAAAGAAAAGGAACAACAGCGAGUUUUUGAUAGACGUGACCGAGAAAGGGAAAGAGAUAGAUAUGAGAGGGAGAGAGAAAGAGAGCGUGAUAGGUACGAAGAAAAAAGGGAUAAUAGAGGAGGUCAGCAGUCACAACGAGAUCAACAGCAAUCAAGAGAUGGACCAUCCAGAGAAGUUGAGAAAUUUGACGAUGUAGCUAUUACAGUUAAAGAUAAAGAAAAGGAGUCAGAAGCAAUUCGUGAAAGAUAUUUGGGGAUUAUUAAGAAAAAGCGUCGAGUACGUCGAUUAAAUGACCGUAAAUUCGUUUUUGAUUGGGAUGCAAAUGAGGAUACAUCAAACGAUUAUAAUCAGUUGUAUAAAGAUCGUCAUUAUGUACAAUUUUUUGGCAGAGGAAAUAUCGCUGGAAUUGAUAUUAAGGAACAGAAACGUAAACAGAGUAAAUUUUAUGGAGAUUUAUUGGAAAAACGUAGAACUGAUGCCGAGAAGGAACAAGAAAAGGUUCGAUUGAAAAAAGUCCAGAAGAAAGAAGACAAACAGAAAUGGGAUGAUCGUCAUUGGACAGAAAAGAAGCAUUUAGAAAUGACAGAACGCGACUGGCGUAUUUUCAGAGAAGAUUAUAACAUCACUAUUAAAGGAGGUCAAAUUCCUAAUCCUAUUCGCAAAUGGGAAGAAGGUGGUUUUUGUAAAGAUAUUUUGGACAUUAUUGAACAAGUUGGAUAUAAAGAACCGACACCAAUUCAAAGACAAGCCAUUCCAAUUGGUCUACAAAAUCGAGAUAUUAUCGGUAUUGCAGAAACUGGUUCGGGUAAAACACUUGCAUUUUUAAUUCCUUUAUUAACAUGGAUUCAGUCAUUGCCAAAACAAGAACGUCAAGAGAAUAUCGAUCAAGGUCCAUAUGCUAUUAUAUUAGCACCAACAAGAGAAUUGGCACAACAAAUUGAGGAAGAAACAAGAAAGUUUGGAACUCCGCUUGGAAUUAGAACAGUCGUCGUUGUUGGUGGUUUAUCUCGUGAAGAUCAAGGCUUCCAGUUACGUUUAGGUUGUGAAAUUGUUAUUUGCACACCGGGUCGUUUAAUUGAUGUCCUUGAGAAUCGCUAUCUCGUAUUGAAUCAGUGCACAUACAUUGUUAUGGACGAAGCUGACAGAAUGAUAGACAUGGGUUUCGAACCAGAUGUUCAGAAAAUCCUGGAGUUUAUGCCUGUGUCUAAUUUAAAGCCAGACAACGAAGAUGCUGAAGAUGCAACAAAACUUAUGGCAAAUUUCAAUACACGCAAAAAGUACAGACAAACUGUUAUGUUUACAGCUACUAUGCCUCCAGCAGUUGAGCGACUUGCUCGAACUUAUUUAAGACGUCCAGCUACAGUUUAUAUUGGUUCUAUUGGUAAACCAACAGAACGUACUAAACAGAUUGUCGUUAUGACUACUGAAAAUGAGAAGAGAAAGAAGCUUAUGGAUAUUCUCAAACAAGGUCUCGAACCUCCAGUUAUUAUUUUCGUCAAUCAAAAGAAAGGCGCGGAUGUUCUGGCAAAAGGAUUGGAGAAGUUUGGAUUCAAUGCCUGUACAUUGCACGGUGGUAAAGGACAAGAACAGAGAGAAUAUGCUCUCUCGUCACUUAAGAAUGGUUCCAAAGACAUUUUGGUUGCUACUGAUGUUGCCGGUCGUGGUAUCGAUAUUAAGGAUGUAUCAAUGGUCAUUAACUACGAUAUGGCAAAGACUAUCGAAGAUUACACUCACAGAAUUGGUCGUACAGGACGUGCUGGAAAGACGGGUACAGCUAUAAGUUUGGUGACAAAAGAUGACAGUCCAUUGUUCUACGAUCUUAAGCAGUUGAUUAUGAGCAGUCCAAUUUCAAGUUGUCCACCAGAAUUGAUGAAUCAUCCAGAAGCACAGCAUAAGCCUGGAACUGUUGUUACGAAGAAACGACGAGAGGAAAAAAUAUUUGCUGAUUAAUAAAAUUGUUUUUAAACGUAAAAAAAUUUUGAUCGAGGGGUAAGAACAGAAGCUGGUUAAUGAAUACUUUUCAUCCUUCCUCUGCUUGCUUAAUAUUAUGUAGAAAAUAAAGAAAUGAUUUGGAGGUAAUAAAAGAUCACUCCAUUCAAAUAAGAAGCAUAAUGUGCUUUAAAUUAACUGUUUAGUGCGAUUUUUCCUGUCAAAAUUGAGAUUUCAGUGAAUUUUCAAGGGGUAUACACUCGGGAUUUUUGGGAUUAAUCACAGACAUUCUGUACAAGUGCAAUGCUUACAAAAAGUCAAAUAUUUUGUUAAUUAAAGUAUGUAGAAGGAACCAAUAACAACAAAACGAUAGAGUUUACCAUUUUACAUAAUUGUUUUGUGUCGUUGAUAGCUUAAAAUCUCACAAAAAAGAAUUUGAAGUCUCAAAAUACUAUCCAAAUUAC